UUUACCGUUUAAGAGGCACAGACACUGAGUCAGCCUGGCUCUGUUUCUACCGUCUGCUCCUCCUGUGCUCCGGCUGCUGUAGGGCCUCUAAAAGCUUUUUUUUCAACUGCCUCCAAAUCAAUGAGAUUCACGCAAGUUGACUGUGGUAGUUUCUCUUUUUUUUGGCGGGGGUGGGGGAUAACCUACUUUCAGAGAAUAGUGGAUGUGGUCUACCCACCCAUACAGACUAUGCACCAUUUUACGCAGUUUUAUUGUUUCCAUUUUAUGGCAGUAUGAAAUAGGCUAUCGAUUUAACUUGUCCUAUUUCAACUUUUGCCAAGAUUGGAUUUUUAAACGAGCUGGGCUGGGCAUCUCCGGCCGACCCGCCUGGGAGCAGAGGAUCACAGGGACUGUGUGACUCGCAGGUCGGAGUGCGCAAAGCAACGCGCCCCUGUGAUUCAUCCGCAGUUUCCAGACGGUGCGCAGGUGGAGGCGAAGAGGAGAAGAAGCAGCCGCUCAGGACGGACGGAUGAAACGGCCAGGGAUGGUCAAUACGCGCAAGAUUUAUUCCAUCUAAGGAACGAACUGUUUUUUUUUCUUUCCCCCCCUCGUUGUUGCAUUGAAUCGGAACCACUGGCUUGAUUUGGCGCAGCUGUAACCCAUUUUUUUCCCUCCGUGACAAAAGUUUGACUGUUAAAAAAUGAUGUUCUGCUCCGCUCCUGUUUUUUCAUGCAAUGCUGUGGAUUCCGGCGUCAGCGUAAGUGGCCAGUCAUCACUUGAGAAAUAGCUGCGAUUCUUUCGGUCUUAAUUUCGGUGCCAAUUUCAACAAACAGAGGGCUUUUAUUCUCGCACAUCAUCUCUCGCCCGGGAUUGCAUCCAUUUGAAUCAAUGUCGCACUCCAUAAUGGACUUCCUCGGACUGUACUUCCUGCAGCUGGCUCUUAUUGGAGUCCCACGGAUGGCUCUGUCUGUGGGAGGGAGGGACUGCCUGCGCGCCGGAGACACCUGUUCCAGCGACGACACCUGCAGCCCGCGGCUGCGCACCCUCAGGCAGUGUGUGGCGGGGGACGGCAGUGUGAAGCUGGGGCCUGGGGCGCGAAACCAAUGUGAGAACGCCAUGACGGCGCUGCUGUCCACCCCUCUGCACGGCUGCCAAUGUAAACGAGGCAUGAAGAAGGAGAAGAACUGCCUGAGUAUCUACUGGAGCCUGCACCAGUCUGUGCUGCACGGACUCAGCCUGGUGGAGAGCUACCCGUAUGAGCCGGAAGAGAGGGGCUCCGACUACGUUCGUUUGGCCUCCAUUGCUGCAGAGUCUGAAGUGACGACGGUGAACCGCUGCCUGGAUGCUGCCAAGGCGUGUAACAUCGACGAGACGUGUCAGAAGCUCCGUACGGAAUACGUCUCAGCCUGCAUCCAGCCGUCGGCCCGCUCCGGGCCGUGUAACCGACCAAAGUGCAACAAGGCGCUGAGGAAGUUCUUUGACCGCGUUCCCCCCGACUACACUCACGAGCUGCUGUUCUGUCCGUGCACCGACACGGCCUGCGCAGAGCGCCGGAGGCAAACCAUUGUGCCGUCCUGCUCCUACGAAGACAAGGACAAGCCCAACUGCCUUGCUCAGCUGCGGAUCUGCAAGGCUGACUACGUGUGCAGGUCUCGCUGGGCACAGUUCCAGUAUGAUUGCCAAUCCUCCGAGCAGAGCGCCAGUGGCUGCAAGCAGGAGAACUACGGAGCAUGUCUACUUGCGUACACCGGCCUGAUAGGAAGCACGAUAACUCCCAACUACCUUGAUAACUCCACAUCCAACGUGGGACCCUGGUGCUCCUGCGCAGCGAGCGGCAACCACAGGGAGCAGUGCAACGACUUCCUUGCUUUUUUCCACGACAACGUCUGCCUGAAAAAUGCCAUCCUGGCCUUCGGGAACGGAUCAGAUGUGAAAACGGGUGCCAGCCAGCCUGGGAUGCCCAGUCCGGCAACGGACAACCAGAGCCCGUUCUUGGCAACCACCGCCCCGGGCGUCUCCAUGGAAACAGAGCAGAACAUUCUGCGAGCACAGAUACCUACUCAGGUAAACGAGAACGACAGAUUGUGGGACGACGAGGGAGACUCCACUCUUCCGUCUCCGGGCCUGUCGGACCGCGGAGCCGAGCCCGUCCGCCUGUCUCUGUUUCUGGGCGUGGGCUGGCUGCUGCCCGCCCUGCUGCUGCUGCUGCUCUCCAACUAACAGGAGGCCGCGAACACCUGGCCUCCACGGACAAAACUCCAGACCUGGGGGGGAGGGUGGGGGCGAGAGAGAGAAGGGCCAUUUCUAUGUGUCAAAUGACGGUGGGGGAAAGGGUGGACUCUGUCCUGCCCCGCUCCCCCCUCUCCCUCUCUGUCACAAAAAUCACACUUAAUCUCUUUUUGUGAAUCAUGACUCAGAGCAGAUGUUUUGUGCCGUGCAGCCCACGCCCUGGAGGAGACCGGACUGGAGAGGGUGCCGCCACCGCACCACAAGGGGGGGGGACCAGGACCAGGAAGUACACACCUCAUUUCUCGCUUCACGCCUGCCCAAAUACAAACUGUAAGAAAACGACACACACGCAGACUUCGCUCCGAAAAUAACGUCCAAGCUACAGUGCAAAGGGCCGCUGGGUUCAGAAGGUGUACAGUGAAGAGACACUGAAGAUACAGUGCAGGAAAUCUAUGAAAAUAUAUAUAUAUAUAUAUAUAAAAAAAACAAAAAAAAAAUUUUGUCCUUGAACAUUCCUUGAUGUAAAAGAAAAUAUUAAAUGUUAAGACUUUUCUCUCAGAUGAGCUGUGAUGAAGUGUUACAUGAGAUUUAAGGUGGAUGUGUGUGUGUCUCUCCGCACUCUGCUCAUUCAGCUUUGCGCUUUAUUUUGAUGCAACAUUUAUUUUAAAUCUAAUUAGACAUAAUAAUUUUACUACCCAAAAAUGUUAGAUGGAAGCACGUUGCUAUUGAGUCACAAUGAAAUUCUGAUUGUUUGUUGUUGUGUUUAAGCUGCUGGUUCGAAGAGUUAAUUUCCAAAUAAAAACUAUAUAUAGAAAAAAUUAUAAUUGAGAUUUAACUUUCAGAUGAGAUUAAGAAGAUCUCCCAAAGUCUGUAAAUGUUUUAUUUUAAACAAGGACCUACAUUACUUAUUAGCCUUCAGUGUGUUGUAAUUUGUUUUCAUUUUAAUGCUAUGAAUCAUUUCAGAUGAGUAGAUGCCACUUUUUUGCGAAUGGCGGAUACCUGACUUUGGAAAGGCACUCUUCGUAUAUUCAUUCAUGAAGCUUUAAGUGUGAAGGCCUGACAGAUGUUUGGGUCUGUUCCUCCUCAGAAAUGUAAAAAAAAAAAAAAUUCAUUUGGUUUUGGUGAAGCAACAAGAGAUGGACACAAGUGUCUAUUUUUUAAAUGUAUGUGGACUUUGCCGCAGAGAAAACAGAUAUUUAUCCACAAGUUUGUGACCGAUCAUGCUUUCACCGUCGCAGGAGGAAGGCGGUGACCCGCGUCGGCUCGCCACCCGCCGGGACUCUUUCCCCUCAACGUGGCACGUCAAAGGAUUUACAAUAUGUACUGUAAGAAGCACAGCUCUGCUCCGUGGAGCGGACGUGUCUGGGAGAAAGGGGUCAAAUGUCUAGUAAGGGACCGAGGUUGAUUCACGAGGAAAGCGUCAUCUUCAGUCCUGCCGUUCAGUUCUCUGCAGAAACAUCCACUUGUUUAACAGCAUUUUUUUAAUGACACAACAGAUGCUGGUUUGCCCGAGCUACAAGCAGACCUGAUGAAACACGUUGUAGUUCAUGUUGGACCUAACAAAGCUAACACACUAUAAGCUCAUCAUAUUGUCAUGACAACACAAGAUGAUGUUGGAUUGAAAAAAAAUAACAAAACAAAAAAAAAUAACUGUCUUUGCCUCCUCAGUGACGCCCGUGUAGAUCUGAAAGGCCCUGAAUGUUCCUCUUCCGACAUGAAAGGCUGUGUUAAAGGGCCAGGUCACUUCACAAUCUUUUCUCUACGUACCUCCGAUGAUGUCUAUACAUGCAGAUAGUUUAGUUGUAUUCGCCCAGGUUUUUGAGAUAUCGCUCUCUGAGGUUGCUGUCGCCGUCCACUCACAAAGAAGAUGAAUGAAAGUCUUAUUUGUACUGCUCACAACAUUAAAAAGCACUUUUCUUUUGGACCACA